AUGGAAGAGAAAAAUGCAACAUUGCUCACAGAAUUUGCUCUCACAGGAUUUAUGUAUCAACCAGAGUGGAAAAUCCCCCUGUUCCUGGUGUUUUUGGUAAUAUACCUCAUCACUAUCUUGGGGAACCUUGGUCUGAUUGUUCUCAUCUGGAAUGAUUCUUACCUUCACAUCCCCAUGUACUUAUUCCUUGGAAGUUUAGCCUUUGUGGAUGCUUGGAUAUCAUCCACAGUGACUCCAAAAAUGCUGGUCAACUUUUUUGCCAAGAGUACUAUGAUAUCUCUCUCUGAAUGUAAGAUACAAUUUUUUUCCUUUGCAAUCAGUGUAACAACAGAAUGUUUUCUCUUAGCAUCAAUGGCAUAUGAUCGCUAUAUAGCCAUAUGCAAACCUCUACUUUAUCCGGUGAUUAUGACCAAUGCACGAUGCAUUCAGCUAUUAGUCUUGUCAUUUGUUGCUGGCUUUCUUCAUGCUGUAAUUCAUGAAAAUUUUUUACUCAGAUUAACCUUCGGUGAUUCUAACAUAAUACAUCACUUUUACUGUGACAUUGUCCCAUUGUUAAAGAUUUCCUGUACUGAUUCUUCUGUUAAUUUUCUAAUGAUUUUUAUUUUCUCAGGUUCGAUUCAGGUAUUCACCAUUAUGACUGUUCUUGUCUCUUAUACUUUUGUUCUCUUCACUAUCCUAAAAAAGAAGUCUGUCAAAGGCAUAAGGAAAGCCUUCUCCACCUGUGGCGCCCAUCUCUUGUCUGUCUCUUUAUACUUUGGCCCCCUUCUCUUCAUGUAUGUACGCCCUCGAUCACCCCAAGCAGAUGAUCAAGACAUGAUGGACUCUCUCUUUUACAUUGGAUAA